GGUCAUGAAACUUAAUCCACAGCAAGCUCCGUUAUAUGGUGACUGUGUUAUUACAGUACGGCUGACAGAAGAAGCUGAACUUGAAGAUGAUGUAGUUUUUUACUUGGUGUUUACUGGCUCCGCUGUCCAACACUGCACAAGCACUAGAAAAAUUAAUCGUGGGACCUUGGAGACCAUUGCUCCUGGCCAUGACUGCUGUGAGACAGUGAAGGUGGCACUUUGCGCUGCCAAGGAAGGGCUUCCUGUUCUAGUGGUGGCAGAGGAAAGUUUUCAGUUCAUUCAGGAUGAGGCCUAUGAUGCAGCUCAGUUCCUAGCAACCUGCGCUGGAAACCAGCAAGCACUGAACUUCACAAGAUUCCUGGACCGGUCAAGGCCUCCCUCUGGGGAUGUGGAUUUUCUGGAUGAGAAAGUGGUUUUGGCAUUUCGGCAUCUGAAACUGCCAGCAGAAUGGAAUGUGUUGGGAACAGACCAGACGCUUAAUGGUGAGAACUAG